AUGGCAGUAACUGAUUCUUCAGGAACCAGUGCUAAUAGUACAGCUGCUGCUGAACCAGCAAUAACUUCUGCUCCAGGAACAGCUUCUGAUCCAACAACAACAACAACAACAACUGCUGCUCCAGGAACAGCUUCUGAUCCAACAACAACAACAACUACUGCUGCUCCAGGAACAGCUUCUGAUCCAACAACAACAACAACUACUGCUGCUCCAGGAACAGCUUCUGAUCCAACAACAACAACAACUACUGCUGCUCCAGGAAUAGCUUCUGAUCCAACAACAACAACAACUACUGCUGCUCCAGGAACAGCUUCUGAUCCAACAACAACAACAACUACUGCUGCUCCAGGAACAGCUUCUGAUCCAACAACAACAACAACUACUGCUGCUCCAGGAACAGCUUCUGAUCCAACAACAACAACAACUACUGCUGCUCCAGGAAUAGUUGCUGAUCCAACAACAACAUCAACUGCUGCUCCAGGAACAGCCUCUGAUCCAACAACAACAACAACUACUGCUGCUCCAGGAACAGCUUCUGAUCCAACAACAACAACAACUACUGCUGCUCCAGGAACAGCUUCUGAUCCAACAACAACAACUGCUGCUCCAGGAACAGCUUCUGAUCCAACAACAACAACUACUUCUGCUCCAGGAAUAGCUUCUGAUCCAACAACAACAACUGCUGCUCCAGGAACAGCUUCUGAUCCAACAACAACUGCUGUUCCAGGAACAGCUUCUGAUCCAACAACAACAACUGCUGCUCCAGAAAUAGCUUCUGAUCCAACAACAACAACUACUACUGCUGCUCCAGGAACAGCUUCUGAUCCAACAACUACUGCUGCUCCAGGAACAGCUUCUGAUCCAACAACAACAACAACAACUGCUGCUCCAGGAACAGCUUCUGAUCCAACAACAACAACUGCUGCUCCAGGAAUAGCUGCUGAUCCAACAACAACAACAACUGCUGCUCCAGGAAUAGCUGCUGAUCCAACAACAACAACAACUGCUGCUCCAGGAACAGCUUCUGAUCCAACAACAACAACAACAACUGCUGCUCCAGGAACAGCUUCUGAUCCAACAACAACAACUGCUGCUCCAGGAACAGCUUCUGAUCCAACAACAACAACUGCUGCUCCAGGAAUAGCUGCUGAUCCAACAACAACAACAACUGCUGCUCCAGGAACAGCUUCUGAUCCAACAACAACAACAACUACUGCUGUUCCAGGAACAGCUUCUGAUCCAACAACAACAACUGCAGCUCCAGGAAUAGCUUCUGAUCCAACAACAACAACAACUACUGCUGCUCCAGGAAUAGCUUCUGAUCCAACAACAACAACUGCUGCUCCAGGAACAGCUUCUGAUCCAACAACAACAACAACUACUGCUGCUCCAGGAACAGCUUCUGAUCCAACAACAACAACAACAACUGCUGCUCCAGGAAUAGCUUCUGAUCCAACAACAACAACAACUACUGCUGCUCCAGGAACAGCUUCUGAUCCAACAACAACAACUGCUGCUCCAGGAAUAGCUGCUGAUCCAACAACAACAACAACAACUGCUGCUCCAGGAACAGCUUCUGAUCCAACAACAACAACUGCUGCUCCAGGAAUAGCUUCUGAUCCAACAACAACAAGUGCUGCUCCAGGAAUAGCUGCCGAUCCAACAACAACAACAACAACAACUGCUGCUCCAGGAACAGCUGCUGAUCCAACAACAACAACAACUGCUGCUCCAGGAACAGCUUCUGAUCCAACAACAACUACAACAACUGCUGCUCCAGGAACAGCUUCUGAUCCAACAACAACUACAACAACUGCUGCCCCAGCAAAAACGCCAACUAUUCCAUCAAACACAACUGCGGCUCCAGCAAAGACUGCUGCUAUUCUAUCAACAACAACUGCUGCUCCAACAAAGAAACCACCUACUCCAUCAACAACAACUACGACAACAACAACGAAAAAAACAACUGCUGCUCCAGCAAAGAAACCACCUACUCCAUCAACAACAACUACGACAACAACAACAACAACGAAAAAACCUGUUGCUCCACAAGUAGUGCAAGGGACAAAUCCAGCACAAAGACCACCGGUUAAUCAAGGACCACAUGGACCACAUGGCUGGCCAUUCGAGUAUCUAGUUCCAUAUUUUAAUGGGAAAGGAGGCCGCGGGUUACCUCAUCAUAACAGAGGAUAAGAUCAGAUAAAUUUGUUGUUGAUUGGAGUGGAAUCUUAGUAAAAAGGUUAACAACUACAAUAAGCUAUAGAAAACCACAACGAUUACAUUUUAAUUUGCUACCAACAAUGUUUUAAAUAAUGAAUUUAUUUAUCAAGAAUUUUGCGAAGUCCAGGUGAGACGAUAACGGAUACGAAAUGUCAAUUUUAGUUUUAAGCAUUCAAGUUGUAAAGUCAAAUAUGUUUUUGCGAAAUAAAUACUUCAUAUUCUCUUUUUUUGGAAAAUGU